AGGCAAGACGAAAGUCCCACGUUUUCUACCCCCGAAGCCCGUCCGAAAUUUCUCUCUCCUGCUCUUCUUCUUCAUCCUCUUCGGCUACGGUCGGCGCGCUUCUACUUCCUUUCGAGGCAAGCAAGAUCCUUCACGUCCACGCGGUUCCUCUCUCUCUACCUCUGCUGCUGUGCGAAGAAUGCUUGGGAACAGUCAAAGGGGCAUUAAGGAUUGAAAUAAUUUAAAUAUCCAUCUCUGGGAAAAUUUUCUUGCCCUGCUUUGAAAGAAGAGAUCAUUGCAUGUGGACAAAUCUCCGUUAUCAUGUCAUGAGGGACCAGACUGCAAAGUUAGGAUGCUGGGCUUUUGGGUUGGAGUAAUAGUUCAGUGAUUUGGAUCAAUUGUUUUUCUUAAAUAAGUUAUGGAGGCAGAGCCGUGCAGCGGUAGUAGCUCAGUUGUGGACAAGAAGAGAAAAAAGAAGAGGGAGAAGAGUAAUAAAAAUGUUUCGAAUCUUGGGAUGGAUAAAGAGAAUUAUCUUCCAGAGAAAAAUUCGCUAGUGAAUGUGAUUAUUUCUUUACCUUCCCCAGCUGCUUCGAGCUCAGCCCCGGAUAAUUCUAAGGCUCAGCCAUGCAAUGAAUUAAAUCCUUUACCUGCAAACAGAAAGAAGAAGAAAAAGAAGAAAAGAAAGAUCCAGGAAACAAGCACUGCUGAAGGUGAUACUGUUGCAGAAGUCUCAUGUUCUGUACUACAAGCUAAUGAGCCGGACGUUAAUAUAACAUGUUCCUCUGGCAACUCCCGUCAAAGUGUGGAGCAUGAGAAGAUCCGACAAACUGUUGAAACAAACUGCCUUACCAAGAAGCAAAAGAGAAAUCAGGAGAGGCUAAAGUUGAGGUUGAGGAAGAAGAAUAAGGCAAUAGCUGAGGAGAACGUCUCUGGAAAGAGUGAUACACUGGCUGAAAUCCCAAAUAAUGUUUCACAAGUUGCUGAAUUGGAUGAAAGUUCUCUGAAGGAAUUUUCCUCAACCUGCGGUGAGCAAAGUGAGCUUGAGAAGAAUUUGUGUUCACUACAAAUAGAAGAUGUACAUGGAAAAGCUCAUAACCUUUUGAGUGAUUUCAGCACCUCUUCAAAGAAGAAAGUGUCAAAAAACUCAAAACUGAUAGGAGGAAAAAGCCAUCAUCAAGGUUAACAACAGGAACUGUGGAUUUUUCUGAGGACCUCGUUCAUAGAGAGGCUUCCUUUCAUUCUGAUGAAGCUCAUAUUUCUCAUCUUUCAGAUAGUAAACCAGAACAAGUGGAAGAAAGGAUACAGGUUACAUUAGCACAGGUUUCCAUUGGAACUUCGAAAGCAGAAGCCUCUGUUCAUGAUCCAGAGCAGAGGCUUGAUCUUCUGGAGAAACCUGAGACUAUCAAGCUGCAUAAUGCAGAACAUGGUUUUGCUGAAGUCGUUCUGGUUGAAAGUAUGGCUGUGACCAAUGCUACAGAAAACAAGAAUGUUGAAAAGCUUUUCCAGGUUCAAACGGCAGAAAAGCAUGUGUCUCAUGUUGAUAAAGAAAUUGAAGCUGCAUCCAAUUGCAAUGGAGAAGCUUCAGUUAAUUCUGGGCUUGUUUCUUUGUGUGAGCACUCAAAUGGGAAUGGUGCCAAGGUAAAUAGGCAGAUCGAUGAAGGAAAUCCUUUGUCAGAAUUGUUGGUGUCUGAAGAUGAUAUCAAAUCAGAUAUUAAUAUCAACAAAGGAAGCAUGCCUCGGCAAAUUCCGGAUAUAUCGUCAGAGAGGACUAGUGUUGAACCUUCUAGAAAGAAGCUUCUUAUACUUGAUCUGAAUGGACUCUUGGCAAGUAUAAUUCCAGAUGUUGGCUUAGGAUGUAAACCAGACUUAAUUGUGUCAAGAAAAGCAGUAUUCAAAAGGCCCUUUGUUGAUGAUUUUGUACAGUUUUGCUUUGAGAAAUUUGCUGUUGGGGUUUGGUCUUCAAGGACAAAGAGAAAUGUGGAUCCAGUUGUAGACUUUCUUAUGGGCGACUCCAAAGGGAAAUUGCUUUUCUGUUGGGAUCAGUCUCACUGUACCAUAACAAAGUUCACUACCAUCGAGAACAGGGAUAAGCCCCUGGUUUUGAAGGAACUUAGGAAAUUGUGGGAUAAGCUCGAGCCUAAUCUUCCAUGGGAGAAGGGAGUGUAUAAUGAGUCAAACACUUUGUUGUUGGAUGAUUCUCCGUACAAAGCCCUUCGCAAUCCGGCAAACACUGGAAUAUUUCCCUACUCAUACCGCUAUACAGAUGCCAAAGACAAUUCUUUAGGACCUGGAGGUGACCUGCGGGUCUACCUAGAAAGCUUAGCUUUGGCUGACGAUGUUAGGAAGUAUGUGGAGCAGAAUCCAUUUGGUCAAAGAGCAAUCACAAAUUCAAAUCCAUCCUGGAACUAUUAUAAGAGGGUUUUAGCUUCAGACCCAUCUGAAGAUGCUAAUUCUAUAUUGAAGUGAGCACAUUUCUCGUCCUUCGCUUGGAUGACAGCUUAUUUCUGACAACUUGAACAUCUUUUUUGUUCAAGCUUUUUUAAGAAUUAAACAAGCAUGUACAUGUUGCGUAACAGCCCCUGGAAGUGUUAAGUUCACCUAGAAUAGUUGUAGCUGUUGUCAUAUCGACAAUCUUUUGGCUUUUAGGGUGAGAAAAACUUUUUGUUUUGACAGUCAAGUUAUAGAUGGUGUCUAUCUUAUAGGCGAUGAAAAUUUUUUGGAUACUUCAAGCCAGUUGCUUGUGUACAAUAAACUUUAGUCUUUGUAAUUCAGCCUAUUUCUGUACUGACAUAAGAAAAGAAUGUUCCCUACACUAAAUUGAUGCAAUUGCAUCGUCUGUUCCAUGAUUCAGUGGGAAUGGAAGGAAAGCUUCUCUUGCAUA